UUUGGGAACAAGAGGACCCUCUGUCAGAAUAAAAUUUAUAUAUUUUCCAUCUUUUAUUAGUCUUUUGGUCCAUCCCUCUAAGAGCAAAACCCAAUUCCACACCAUGAAUCCGAAGCGAUUGUCUUUGAGGUCUAAAUAUACCACUUUUAAAUCUAGGUUCACAAAAGGUUUUCUUCAAGCCUUGCAGAGAAUUAAUAGGCAAAGAUCUAUAUCAUCAUCAACAAAUAUACCUUCUCCUAUGGAGAUGUGUAGAAGAUAUUUGAGUGUUAAGAAUGCUGCUGAUGCUGCCAUGGCCUCAGCAGUUGGGACUAGAAGAGCUUGGAGUCGCACUUUGCUUACGAAGAUUAAUCGAAGCCACAAGGGUUCGCAGAUUUAUAAUUGUUCAGCCAGAAGAACCGACAAUAGUAAGAAGAGGAUGAAGAUGAAGAAGUGUGAUGAUGAGGAAGAGAUCGGUACUAUUUGUGAGGCGGACGAGCUUCGGAAGUUUGUACCAGGUGGGGAAGCCAUGGAUAUUUGCAGCAUGUUGGAUGAGGCUGCGCAUUAUAUAAAGUGUCUCAAGACUCAGGUAAAGGUGAUGGAAAAGAUUGCAGAUAUCUGUUCUGCUGUUUGAUCAGCUAUAUAUGUUGUUAAUAAUUUUGGAUUGAUUUAUAUAAUAUAUAUAUAUAUAUAACAACAGUUUCAAUCACACACAAAAAAAAGGCAACAAUAUAUGGCCUGAAAAAUAAAUUAAUUAAGUUGCAUAGAAGCAAAGUAAAAUGAAGAAAAAAAUUGUAAUGCAUCCAUAUAGCGUCAAAUCUUUAAAGAGGUGUAUAUUUGUUGUCUGCAUGUGUGUAGUGUCUCUCUCGUGAGGAGAGAGAGAGAGAGAGAGAGAGAGAGAGAAACGGAGACUCAUAUUUCUCCAUCUAAUUUUAUGAAAGCUUUAUCCACUUGUUUUAAGUAACAGACAGAGAUAUAUAUA